AGAUAUAUAUAAAGAGACUCCAACCGAUUUAGAACAUACAGAAUAUCAAAUCCCAAACCUUUGCAAGCUUCUACUGAUAUCUCAGAACUCUUUGUGUAAUGGAAAGGCAUCUUAAGCUGAAGAACAAGAUCUUGAAGAUACUACCAAAAACAGUUUCAGCAAUCACUGUGACAUUUCAAAACCCUCCAUUCAGCCCAGGUAGGGAUCACAAAUCAAGACCAGAGAACACAACCAGGUGGCUUAAGCCUCAUGGCGGCAAGGGAUUCUCUGGGCCUAUCAUAUCCAUGAUUCCCGAUGAAGCUAGAAGAAAGUCCAACGAUGGCGGCAAUGGCAUCGAAAAUCAAGAACCCACUUCACCAAAAAUCUCGUGCAUGGGACAGAUCAAGCACAAGAAGAAACAGAUCAAAAAAGCCAAGGCCAAUAACAAGUCGCUGCCGAAAGAAGCGAGAAAGGUUGUUAGCAACGCUUCAUCUUCCACUUCAAGAGACAUAGUGGCAAAGAAGCGAGUGUCCACGUUUCAAAGGAUGUUAUUCCAUGUGGCGAAGCCAAGAUCUGCAGGGAGGAAAUCUGAUGCUUCUGCGACUCAGCCUAAUAAGGACGAGUUUGCGGAUAAAGCACCGCGUGUGAGUCAGAUGAAGCGAUUUGCAAGUGGACGUGAUGCUUUGGCUAAUUUUGAUUGGAAGGUUCAGGUUGUUCAAGAGGGAAUAGAUUACUAUUCGGAUGAAGACAGAGUGGAUAGUGAUGAUGCUGAAGAAGAGGAUGUCAUAAUCCCUUUUUCUGCACCUAUUUUGGUUGGUGGUGGUGUCGGUCAUGGAGGUGAGCUUAAUUUGAAGCCACGGAAAGAGAUUAAUCUUUGGAAGAGAAGAACCAUGGCUCCUCCAAGGCCUCUUCAAUUGGAUGCCGUGAUUUGAGCAAAUCGAUUACUUGCUCAUUAAAAUGAAGACUUAUUCUUUUGGAUUUUUUAUUUUUUUUGUUUUCGUUAAUUUAUUGAAACAUUUUGCUGUGCAGAACUACAGACAGAUUUAGGUACAAACAAAUGUAAUUGGCGACAUGGCGUG